AUUUGGCGGGCAAACACUGACUUUUCGGCUAUUGUCAAUGGAGAAGCAGUUGCCGCCUACAUUGCCAAGUAUGCAUCAAAGGGCGAAAAAGCUUCUACCAACUUCAAAGAUCUUAUGACGGCGCUACUUGACAAAAAGGAUGAUAAUGCCCCAGCCAAAAAUCUAAUUUCUUCUCUUAUGAUCAAGACACUGGGUGAACGCGACUACUCAGCGCAAGAAGUAAUGACAAUCAUUUUUGGCUGGGAUUUGUACAACUCUUCGCGCGCAUUUGUUGUUUUAUGCAUCAACGACGACGACUGGGUUAAUAUUGCUGUGGAUCAGAAUGACGGCAGUGUUAAAGAAGGAAAGAAACUAAUUGAAAAAUACAAGGAGCGCCCAAAUGGUGUGGUUACUAAUCGCGGCAAAACGAUUGAUUGGGAAAACAUGAGUUUGCUUCAUUUUGCUAAAAAUCAUUACACAACAACUACCCGAGGAGUGAUACACUAUUCUACUCGAAAGAAAGAAGCCGUUGUUCGCAUUUUUCCAAAGCUUAAAGAAGGUGGAACUGACGAGGAAAAGGAACAAUUUUACCGCCUUCAAGUGAUUCUCAACGCCCCUUUUCGCAUUCUCCAGUCAUUUGAUGAUCUUCUUUAUGAAGCUGCAAUCGAUGUUCGCCAUGAAAAGUGGCAGCACAGAUACAUGAAUUUGAACAUUAUGGCAAAUCGACAUUUUGAACUGCCCAAUGUGCCUGAAGAAGAAGGAGAGGCUCCUGAAAUGAUCAACGAAGAGGAACAGCGUGAUCCUGCAAUGCUUGCAGCAAGGAUGAUCAACAAUAUUCAGCUCGAUUUGCACCAAGAAACAACUGAAGAUGAUUUAGGACUUCGUGAAAUUGAUCAAGCACACGAUUGGGCUGAAGCAUCAGAAGGAUUUCCAUCUAUUGAUAUAGUGAAACGAUUUUUGAAAAACAACAUGACUCCAGCUGAAAGUGCUCAAAACACCGAACCGCGAACCGACAUCCAAUAUUCAGAUGAGCAGAUAAAUUUAGUCAACCUGGUUGAGCAGCAAAUUCAGUACUCAAAAAAUCCAAACUCUACAAAUGUCCCUCACAAACUUACCAUCGUUCAAGGAAAAGCAGGAUCAGGAAAAAGCACAAUCAUUAAAGUAAUUGUCCAUCGAGGCAAUCAAGAAUGGCCAAAUUCUGUAGCAGUUGCAGCGCCGACCGGACUAGCUGCUCUCAACAUCGACGGCAAAACUCUUCACAGUUUGUUUAAAAUUAGUCCAAAAGACACUGCAUACAAACCGCUUGCAGGCGAAGCACUUGCUAAAUUGCAAGAAGAGUUUAAAAACAUCAGAUUCCUCAUCAUUGACGAGAUGUCUAUGGUUGGUUUGAAAAUGUUGUACUACCUUUGCUGCCGGUGCCAGGAAGCAAAAGGUUGUAUGGACCCAUUUGGAGGACUCUAUGUUUGGAUGUUUGGUGAUUUUCGUCAACUACCACCUGUCAUGGACAGACCAAUGUAUGACAAACAACCGGCGGCAACAGAAUCUCUUCGCGGUAAAUUAGUUUUCAACCAGUUCACCAAUUUUGUCGAACUCCAGAUGUGUCAUCGCCAAAGCGGACCAGAAGCUCAAGCAUUUCGAAUUAUGCUUGACAACAUUGCAAGCGGCACCUCAACAACUAAGGAUUUUAACUUGAUGAUGACUCGACGAAAAUCAGUUUUGAGUCAAAAUACAGUUACAUCUUUUGACAAUGCUACUCAUCUGUUCCCGACAAACAAUCAAGUGAUUCGCCACAAUGACGAGGUUUUGCGCAAAACAAUGCUUCCAGUUGCCCGAAUUGUCUCACACAAUGUGCCAGAUUAUCGAUCAAAAACAUCCAAAUCAAUUGAUGAAGACAUGGAAGAGGGCCUCUUGCACAUCAUCAAAUUGCAAGUCGGAAACCGUGUGAUGCUUCGAACAAACAUUUCAGUAUCACAUGGGCUUGUGAACGGUUCUUUAGGCACUGUCAGAGCUAUUGUUUAUGGUGAAGGCGAGCUCCCACCGCUUCUACCCCAGUAUAUAAUGGUGGAGUUUGAUGGCUACACUGGGCCCACAUUACCGAACUAUCCAGGUCUUUUUCCAAUAGUACCUGUGACUAGGCAGUUCAAAAAGGGAAGCACCAAACACACUCGAACUCAGUUGCCUAUCAUGCUUGCCUACGCUUCAACAAUUCAUAAAGCACAAGGUCUCACACUUGAUAAAGUUGUAGUAGACGUUGGCUCAGCUGAAAUGGCUAUGGGGCUUACUUACGUAGCUUUGAGCAGAGUCAGAAAACUAGAAAACUUGAUGAUUGCUUCUGCGUUCACAAAAUCACGCCUCGACGACAUAGCUAAGGGAAAAGGUUUUGCGGAACGCGCUGAGUUCAUUCGAGAAAAGUUUGGAACCCAAGUCGAAGUUGCCCGAGGUGCUGAAGAAGAAGAGGAAAUUGAUCCCAGUGUUGCAUUGGAGCUCAAAGAACUUGAACUUUACUCUUCUGAAGACUCGUCAGAUGAAGACUCGUUAGAGGAAGAAGAACAAAAAGAAAUUAUAGAAGAACUUCGAGAAAUACGCGAUAUUUUUCGUUAUAAACCGUUUCUUUAUUUUAAUUCUUUAAAACUUUCCAAUUCAAAUUUAAGUGACUCCAGUGAAUCA